AUACGAAUUCCAUUAAAAAAACAAGUGUAGCAAAUGAAUUUUUAGUGCAGAGCACGAGACAAGAUAAUAUUUACUAUGUCGUUAAUAGUGGAAUGGAUGUAUACACUUGUCCAGUUGGUGCAUUCGGUGCUCCCUGCAAGUAUCAGAGCGCCAUUACUAUUAAAUAUCAUAUAGCAAUGUUUAACUUUAUACCUUCACUAACACCCAAAGAUCGCAUAAUUUAUUCAUAUAUCGCACUUGAUAAUGGCACUCCUAAUGAAAGCUUCGAUGAAGCUACUAAGUGGAGAGAGGAUGAAGGCAUUGGCGAUAUUUCUAUAUUUUUAGAGGAAAUUAAAAUGGAUUAUGAAAAUUCAAGUCCCCAGUUACGCAUAGCACUUGAUAAAUUCGCAGAGCG